GCCAGACAGGUAAAGCCGGAUACACACCUGUAUGGCCUCAAACCCGGAAGUGAGCUUGAUUCUCUCCCCAGAAUGAGGCAUGUGUUGUUCCUCAGUGUGUUCUGCGUCCUGGUGUGUGUCCAUGUCGGAGACAGUGUGUUGGUUGUGAGUGUGAAGGACCUCUCUGACCUGCCCUCUCUCGAGGUCAUCACAGCGAAGGAGGGCUCAGGUGUAGUGAUCAGGUGUAAUGUGAGUGAACCUCAUGAGCACAUCGAGUGGUUUGACUCUAAGGGACGUGUCCUAAACAGAGAAGAUUCAGAAGGCAAGCGGAUCACAGUGGAUAACGAUAGGGUGAACAUCACCAGCGUCUCCUUCAAGGAUCGUGGGCGGUACACAUGCAUCUCUCUGAGCUCAGACAGCAUCUCCAACUACACCGUGACUCUGAGAGUGAGCUACACGCACAGCGGAUUGGGGCUUUACUACAUCAUUGUGUGCUUUGUUGCCUUCACCAUCACCAUCAUUCUCAACACGACCCGACUGUGCAUGAUCAAUGCACACCUGCGCAAAACUGAGCGAGCCAUCAAUGACUUCUUCCGCACAGAUGGAGCAGAGAAACUGCAGAAAGCUCUGGAAAUUGCUAAACGCAUUCCCAUCGUCACGUCUGCUAAAACCCUGGAGCUCGCAAAAGUCACACAGUUUAAAACUCUGGAGCUGGCAAAGCAGGUGGAAGAGCUGGCAAGGAGCGUGCCUCUGCCUCCACUCAUCCUCACCUGCACCACGGCUGUGGAUGAAGCGGAGCGUGGAGGUCCAGCAGCUGUCGAACAUCAGGAGGAGGAACAUGGUGAACAAGACGCCCUGAAAGAAGAGACAAAAAACUGAGGCAGGAUUUUUAGAAAGCAAAAGAAGAAUGUGAAGUGUGUGUACAUGUGUGCUAUGGAGUUUCUUCACUGUUAUAAUCAAACACAGUUCAUCUUGAUGAAAGAACAGUUUUAAUCUGCAGAUGAUGAAGACUCCUGCACUCAGAGGGCACCGUUUUUAAAUGAAGAGAUUCUUCUGAACAGUUAAUUUUAAUUGCACAGCAAUAAAUGUAAAUUUUAUAGGGUUUUCAGUAUUUUACUCUCUUGUGUAAUUAUGUAUGAACUCAAUUUGGGAUGUUACUCUGUGUGUGUGUGUGUGUGUUUUGUUUACUCUCUGAAUUAAACUCAGUGUGUAAUUCCUUGA